AGCAAACUACAAUACAGUGUUCAGUUUUGUUCUGAAGAAGUUAAACUUUUUAUCCUGCCACUUCAUCUCCGCCACUCCCCCUGACAAUUGAUUAAGGAGGUGGAACAAGUAGAGAAAAGCGACUAUUCAGUGAUCAGCUGCAAUCUGGAAGCACAUUUCUUUGGAAAACCUGAUCAGGACUCCUAGGAUCCUCCUUUUGAAGAGUACACAUCUUCCUGCAGAGGGAUCUCAUCCAGUGCUGGUUUUCUCCCGUCCGCUCACAGAAUACACGCAUCAGCUGCCAGAAAAGUCAACUUCCACUAAAUACACACAUCUGCUGCCAGAAAAGUCAACUGCAACUUCAACAAUGUACUUUGGUUUAAUAUGUCUCUCGAAGCAAGGACUCCGGAGUGGAGGGGUGAAAAGGAAAGCUUUUACCAGUAUUGGUUGUGUGUAUAGGACAGGUGGGAAGGGUACAGGAGCCUGGGGGAAAAGGGAUCUCUCCCAACUUCACAGGACACAGCCUGUCUCAUUAACUUUAUGCAGACGCCUGGCCAGCCAAUCGUACUCUACUGCGGACAUCACCUCUGCUCCUUACGAUGAUGUGUUCCAAGCUUCGGUGCAGAAACCUGAACAGGUCUGGGGGAGCGCGGCGCACAACAUCACAUGGUUCAAACCGUGGAGCAAAAUUAUGGACAACUCCAAUCCCCCAUUCACAAAAUGGUUUACUGGAGGAAAACUGAACAUGUGUUACAAUGCUCUUGAUCGUCACAUAGAAAAUGGGCGAGGAGAUCAAAUUGCUAUUGUACAUGACAGUCCAGUUACUGACACCAAGCAGACCAUUACUUACAAAGAAAUGUAUGAACAGGUGUCCAGGCUAGCUGGAGUUUUAAUGAAGUAUGGUGUCAAGAAAGGAGACAGGGUUGUCAUAUAUAUGCCAAUGAUACCACAGGCAAUGUAUACAAUGCUGGCAUGUGCAAGAAUUGGAGCUAUACACAGCUUAAUAUUUGGAGGAUUUGCACCAAAGGAGUUAUCAGUGCGCAUUGACCAUGCAAAGCCCAAGUUAAUUGUGACAGCAUCCUUUGGCAUCGAACCUGGCAGGAAAGUGGAGUAUGUCCCGCUUGUGGAGAGAGCGCUGGAACUGACACAGCACAAACCAGAGAAAAUUCUUAUUUAUAGCAGACCCAAUAUGGAACAAGUCAAUCUUACUCCUGGGCGAGAUAUUGACUUUGCAGAAGAGAUUGCAAAAGCUCAUCCUCAUGACUGCAUUCCUGUGGAAUCUGGUCACCCGCUCUAUGUGCUCUAUACAUCAGGCACAACAGGUGUUCCAAAGGGUGUAGUAAGAUGCACAGCUGGGUAUGCCGUCAUGUUAAACUGGACAAUGUCAGCCAUCUAUGGACUGAAGCCUGGUGAGGUAUGGUGGGCUGCUUCUGAUUUGGGCUGGGUUGUUGGACAUUCAUAUAUAUGCUAUGGCCCACUACUGCAUGGUAACACAUCAGUAUUGUAUGAGGGAAAGCCAGUUGGAACACCAGAUGCUUCUGCAUAUUUCCGUGUGCUAUCGGAUCAUGGAGUAGCAGCCAUGUUUACUGCACCGACUGCAAUUAGAGCCAUACGUCAGCAAGAUCCAGAGGCAUCCCUGGGGAAGAAUUAUUCUUUAACCAAGUUCCGCACAUUGUUUGUUGCUGGAGAGCGCUGCGAUGUGGAAACGUUGGAAUGGGCCAAAACGAUCUUCAAAGUACCAGUGCUGGAUCAUUGGUGGCAAACAGAAACUGGAUCUUCUAUGACAGCAACUUGUAUAGGACUUGGUAAUUCGUUGACACCUCCUGCAGGACAAGCAGGGAAGCCGGUUCCAGGAUAUAAUGUUAAAAUAUUGAAUAGCCAAAUGCAAGAACUCAAGCCUAACACACUGGGAAAUAUUGUUGUAAAAUUACCUCUGCCUCCUGGGGCUUUUUCCACACUUUGGAAAAAUGAAGAAAUGUUUAAAAGUCUCUACUUCGCAAAGUUUCCAGGGUAUUAUGAUACAAUGGAUGCCGGAUAUAUGGAUGAAGAUGGCUAUGUAUAUGUCAUGUCCCGGGUCGAUGAUGUCAUAAAUGUAGCAGGUCAUAGGCUUUCUGCAGGAGCAAUAGAAGAGUCUGUGUUAAUGCACAAGUCUGUGGCAGACUGUGCUGUGGUGGGCUUGGAGGAUUCCUUGAAAGGACAUGUUCCACUGGCACUUUGUGUUCUGCAAAAUGGUGUGGACACUACAGAAGAGGAACUGGAAAAUGAAAUAGUGUUACAAGUCCGAGAAAAUAUUGGGCCAGUAGCAGCUUUCAGGAAAGUGAUUGUGGUAAAACAGCUCCCUAAAACACGUUCUGGCAAGAUCCCUCGUGCCACAUUAGCUUCACUUGUAAAUGGCAAGCCAUAUCAGAUUGGUUCAACUAUUGAGGAUCCAGAUGUUUUUAAAGUUUUAGAAGAUGUUGUAAAAGCAAAAUUAUGAAUAGAGGUGAAUACGUUUUAGUGUUUUGGAUAAAGAGGAAAAACCUUUUCCUUUCUUUUUAGCAUGGUCUACCACGAGAGCUAAAGAAAAUACAAAUCGGUUAGCUGUAACUGGUAGAAUAUUUUUAUGUGGUCAUGUUCCAAAAAUCCAUUAACAGCUACCUCUUAUGUUGACUCUCAUUUUUGAUGAUAUAUUUUCAAAUAAAACUCUGUUUUAUAUGUAAA